AUGCAGACACGCUUAGUCACUCCCGCCCACAAGGCUGCAUUAGCCGUCAUCAGUUCCUCUGCAGCCCUCGUCCACCCCACUAACCACUCACUGCCUCAUCCUUGGACCCCACAGGAUUAUGACUGCUUCUAUGCUUCCGUCUUCGAGGUCGAACAGCCCUUUCUCAAGUCUCUACCCUUGGCCGUCCAACAGAAGCAGAUCGUAGUCACCUGUAACUAUGAGGCCCGUCGUCGAGGCCUCCGCAAGCUACAGUUGAUCAAAGAAGCCAAGCAGAUCUGCCCCGAUGUCGUGAUCGUCCUGGGUGAAGAUCUGACCAAGUUCCGGGAUGCCUCCAAGGCUCUCUAUCUCUUCCUCCGCCAAUUCGUAUGGGGUGAGAAGGUUGAACGGCUAGGGUUCGAUGAGGUCUUUCUGGAUGUCACCGACAUGGUCGCCUACAACGUGGAGCUUCUGAACGAGAACGACCUGCAACACUCGUUCUUUCAUCUUGACCCGCGCGAUCCCACCGCCGGGUUUGUCUACAAUGCCACGCAAGUCUGCGGUCCAACCUACCCAGUGGGCUCUUCUGCGUUGGCGGAUCCGCCGUCCGCAUGGCUGUACACCCGCCUGUUAGUCGCGUCCCAUCUGGCCGCGUAUCUUCGGGGCCAGCUUGAAGAACAAAGAGGCUACACUGCCACCGUGGGCGUCUCAACGUCUAAACUGCUGGCUAAGCUAGUGGGUAACGUGCAUAAGCCCAACAGUCAGACCACACUCCUCCCGCCCUAUACGACUGCGCCCGAGAGCACGGCCCAAAGCAACGUGUUGGCCUUUUUGGACUCCCAUGACAUUCGGAAAGUUCCCGGGAUCGGCUCGAAACUGGCCCACAAAAUUACCUCGUAUCUUGCCCGGUCAGCGGCCCACUCCGGCACCGCCUCGAAUGCCCCAGAUGAUCUCCCGACCACCCAGGUCACCGUCCGUGAUGUGCGGUGUGCGCCUGGGAUGGGUCCCGUAUUGUUGGAUAAAUUCCUUGGGGGCCCCGGGUCGCCGAAGGAUAUCGGAGUGCGAGUGUGGAGGCUGAUCCAUGGCGUAGACAACGCGGAGGUCCUCCAGGCGAGGGACUUACCGACCCAGAUUAGCAUUGAAGACUCCUACGGACGACUCGAUACUGUGGAAGGGGUCAAGCGGGAGUUGCUGUCUCUGGUGUCGAGUCUGAUCCGCCGUAUGCGGACUGAUCUGACCGAGAAGAAGACAGGAGAUGCUUCUGAGGCUGUCUCCACGCGAUGGGUGGCUUAUCCGAAGACGUUCCGUCUUUCCACCUGCCCUCGAUCCUCCACCCCCGCAGACGCCCACAAGGUCAAUCGCAUCUCCCGCUCCGCCCCUCUGCCCUCGUUUGUAUAUAAUCUGGCCGACGGGGUGGAUGCGCAGGCUGAGCGUCUGGUUGAGGAGCUGGCCAUGGGUAUGUUUCGCAAGCUGCACCCGCCAAAGUCGGGGUGGAAUCUACGCCUGCUGAACGUCGCGGUGACAAAUAUGGUGGAUGGAGCGGGGGAUCGCAAGCAGAGCAGUGGACGGGACAUUGGAAAGAUGUUCCAACAGCAAGGAGAUCGCUCGGAGCAGGCUCUGGGCCGUGAGAUCGAGAUACCCUCCUCUGUCGAGCAUCCCCGUAGUCGUGCGUCAGAGGACGACGGAGAUGGUGCGUGGGAGGAAAGUGAGGACGAGCCAGACGAUGACAUGGCCAGCGUCGCGUGCACCGUCUGCGGUGUUUUGAUCCCGCACUUUGCGCUGGUCGCGCACGAAGUGUAUCAUGCUGCACCUGAUUGA